GAGAAAUAUCUAAUCUGCAAUUAGCACUAAAAUCGUAGCCAUCCCACACUUCUCAUUCAUUUACGCCGCUUUCCCUUAAACCCUCUUCUUAGUUCUGACACUUUCUCUUCACUCGCGGCUUCGUUUCUCAACAAGGAGGAUAGUAGUAACUUUCUCUUCAAUAUCGCUUACAAAUUUCCCUGUAUGUGAAGAGUAAAUCCCACUUCAACAUUCAAACAAACAUGUCAUGUGCAGAAAUUUUCCCUGUAAGUUCUUCUUCACUUUCUUCACCUUCUUCAAAAUUUCUCACCAAAAUUUUCACUAAACCUCUUCUGUGUCACUUUCCACCCCUUAAUCCAAGAUGGGUUUCUCCUCCUCUUACUUGUUUCCGUUCAAAAACUCUACCUUUACCCACAAACGUUUCUUCGACGGAAAAUGAUUCUGACAAUGUUUUAGAUUCAGUUUUGAAGUUAUUGGAAACUUCUAAUGAUGUUGAAGACACCCUUGAUUCAUUUGGUGAGAUUAUUAGUCCAAAAGAAAUCACUAUGAUUCUUAAAAAGCUGAGAAAUUGGGAAAUUGUUGUUAGGGUUUUUAAGUGGUUUAGAUCUCAAAAUAACUAUGUUCAUAAUGUGAUUCAUUAUAAUGUUGUGCUUAGGACUCUUGGUAGAGCUAAACAAUGGGAUCAAUUGAGGCUUUGUUGGAUUGAGAUGGCGAAAAACAAUGUUUUGCCGACGAAUAAUACUUAUAGUAUGCUUGUUCAUUGUUAUGGGAAAGGUGGUCUUGGUAAAGAGGCUCUUUUGUGGGUUAAGCAUAUGAUGGUGAGAGGCUUUUUCCCUGAUGAGGUUACUAUGAGUACCGUUGUUAAGGUUUUGAAGGAUGUUGGGGAGUUUGAUAGGGCUGAUAGGUUUUAUAAGAAUUGGUGUGGUGGGAAAGUUGACUUGGAUGAUCUUGAUUUUGAUUCGUCGGAUUGUGCUAUUGCCGAUGGCUCUAGAUCGUCGGUGCCCAUUAGUUUCAAGCAGUUUCUUUCUACAGAGCUUUUUAAGACAGGUGGGGGGAUUCGGGAUUCUAAUAUGUUGUCGAUGGAUAUGGAGGAGAUAGCUCCUCUGAAACCUCGGCUGUCUACCACUUACAAUACUCUGAUAGAUUUGUAUGGCAAGGCUGGGCGGCUAAAAGACGCUGCUGAUGUCUUUGCUGAUAUGAUGAAAUCUGGUGUGGCAAUGGAUACUUGCACUUUCAAUACGUUGAUCUUUAUUAGUGGUAGCCAUGGAAAUUUGUUGGAAGCUGAAUCUUUGCUAGAUAAAAUGGAAGAGAGGGGUAUAUCAUCUAAUACGAGAACUUACAACAUCUUCUUGUCUUUGUAUGCUACUGCGGGGAGUAUUGAUGCUGCUCUUUCUUAUUAUAGAAGGAUUAGAGAGGUUGGACUCUUCCCAGAUACUGUAACUUACAGAGCUCUUCUCGGUGCGUUAUGCACAGAGAAUAUGGUUCAGGCGGUGGAAGGUGUGAUCGAUGAAAUGGAGAAAAAUUCUGUUUCUCUUGAUGCGCUUUCUCUUUCUGGCAUUGUCAAGAUGUAUAUUAAUGAAGGAGAUGUUGAUAAAGCAAAUGACUUGCUUCAGAAGUAUGGGGAACCGCCAUCUUUUAUAUGUGCUGCAAUUAUUGAUGCUUUUGCCGAGAAAGGAUUUUGGGCUGAAGCAGAGAAUAUUUUUUAUAGGAAAAGAGACAAGGCACGACAGGCGAGGGAUAUCUUAGAGUUUAAUGUCAUGAUCAAAGCAUACGGCAAAGCAAACCAUUAUGAUAAAGCCGUUUUGCUCUUCGAAGAAAUGAAGUAUCAAGGGAUUUCACCUGCUGACAGCACAUACAAUUCUAUUAUUCAAAUGUUAUCUGGUGCUGAUUUAGUUGACCAAGCAAGGGACCUCACUGUUGAAAUGCAGGAAAUGGGGUUUAAGCCACAUUGUCAAACUUUUUCUGCUGUUAUUGGAUGCUAUGCUCGUCUUGGUCAGCUUUCUGAUGCAGUCAUUGUAUACCAGGAAAUGAUAAGUGCUGGUGUAAAACCAAAUGAGACUGUGUAUGGUGCUUUAAUAAACGGUUUUGCAGAACAUGGUAGACUUGAUGAGGCACUUCAAUACUUCCACUUGAUGCAAGAAUCUGGAUUAUCAGCAAAUUUAGUUGUGUUAACAACCCUAAUGAAGUCGUACAGUAAGGCCGGCGACUUGAAAGGGGUAAAAUCCAUCUACAAGCAGAUGCAGAACAUGGAAGGAGUUCUCGAUUUAGCUGCACGUAGUAGUAUGAUUACCGCCUUUGCAGAACUCGGCUUGGUUUCUGAAGCCAAGCUGACUUUUGAAAAAUUUAAAGAGACUGGUCAGGCAGACAGUACUUCAUACGGAAUAAUGAUGUAUGUUUAUAAAGACAUCGGCAUGAUUGACGAGGCCAUCAAGAUAGCAGAAGAGAUGAAAAUCUCAGGUUUACUGAGAGAUUGUGUUUCCUAUAACAGGGUACUUACGUGUUAUGCCAUUAAUAGGCAAUUUCACAAGUGCGGUGAAUUACUAUAUGAGAUGAUAGUAUCUAAGAAGCUUUUGCCAGAUGAUGGAACUUUGAUAGUGUUAUUCACUAUACUAAAGAAAGCAGAGUUUCCUGUUGAAGCGGCAGAACAGUUAGAGUUGUGUUACCAGGAAGGGAAACCUUAUGCUUCACAAGCUACCUACACUGCUUUGUACUCUUUACUUGGUAUGCAUACUUUGGCACUUAAAUUUGCUCAAACAGUCUUAGAAAAUCUUGACUCUUCUGCUGCCUAUAACGUGGCAAUCUACGCAUAUGCUUCUGCUGGAGAUGUUGAGAAGGCGUUGAAUAUACAUAUGAAGAUGCGGGAUAAGCACGUGGAACCGGACAUUGUAACGUACAUUAAUCUGGUUGGUUGUUAUGGAAAAGCUGGCAUGGUUGAAGGUGUGAAAAAGAUACAUAGCCUAUUCGAAUAUGGAGAGAUUGAGCGGAGUGAGUCGUUGUUCAAGGCUAUUAAAGAUGCCUAUAAAAUUUGCAAUAUAGAUCCUAGCCAACACAUGAGAUUCAAAUUCAACUCAGAGGAAUAUUCUGAAGGGGAAAGUGAAACUGAAUAUGACAUUGAAACUGAAUAUGACAUUGAAAGUGAAACUGAAUAUUCUGAAGGGGAAUAUGACUCUAAUUCUGAUGGAGAUUAAUCUCCAGGUUUGUAAAAUCCCGAGUUAGGGUUUCUUCAUACACUGAAACUGUAUAGAUUGUUGUUUACUCGUAUUAAGGGUUUGGUUGGAUAAAAUAUAACUUGGAUGUACAAAAGUAUAUGUAGUCAUAGGAUGGAACAAACAAUUUUAUAUUUUGUUACUAAAAACUGGGGAGUUACUUCUUGUCUCAUGUACACUGUAAAACUCAAUAGUUAAUACAAUGUUUUAUUUUCCCCCUUUC